UUUUUAGGGUUUUCCAUAAGUGUUCUGAUACAGGGUUUUGAAAGUUUAGUUUCGAUGUUGCGAUUAAAACGCAUGAACUGUUCCUGAUCUUAUACACUCCCGCUUCUCUGAUUCUCUACCAUCCUAGAAACGCUUCAAUUUGCACAAAAUCUGGGACGGAAGAGAAGAAGUUCUCUUAGUUUAAGGAAUUAAAUGGGGAAGAAGCGUAAACAAGCAGAAAUGGAGCCUCAUUCAACUGAAAAAGUAGAGAAAGAAGCUCCUCUGCGACCACAGAGAACCUUACUUGGCUGGAAGGAAAUGAGCAAAAAUGGUGAACCUCUCUCUUCUCCAGUUUUCAGAAACAAAGAGAAGGUCCUAGUCACAAGCUCCCGAAGAAUCAUUUAUCGGUAUCGGCAUUUGAUGUUGAAUAUAGUGUCACUUUUGCCCCAUUGUAAGAAAGAUAGCAAGGUGGAAUCAAAAGCGAGCAAAGGAGGCACAUUAAACGAACUCGUGGAGUUGCGAAAUUGCUCGUGUGGUUUGUUCUUUGAGUGUAGGAAACAGAAAGAUCUAUACCUUUGGAUGGCGAAGUGCUCCAAUGGUCCAUCUGUGAAAUUCUUGGUUAAUGCAGUACACACAAUGGAAGAACUGAAGCUGACUGGUAAUCAUUUGAAGUGUUCAAGGCCUAUUUUGACUUUCUCAACCAAUUUUGAUAUGAAACCUCAUUGGCAACUUUUGAAAGAGAUGAUCACUCAGAUAUUUGGAACGCCCAAGGAUCACAAGAAAACUAAACCAUUCUAUGACCAUGUCUUUGCUUUCUCGAUCCUUGACGACCACAUAUGGUUUCGAAAUUAUCAGAUUUCUGUUCCACACAAUGAAAUUGAUAAAGUCGACCGUGGAGGGUUAGACAAGAUGACUCUUGUAGAGGUCGGUCCCAGAUUUUGCUUGAAUCCCAUCAAGAUUUUUGGAGGCAGUUUUGGAGGCCAGACAUUGUAUGAGAAUCCAUUAUAUAUAUCUCCAAACCAGAUACGUGCAUUGGGGAAGAGAAAGAAAGCUGGUAAAUAUGCAAAGAAGAUCAAAGCCAAGAAGAAGAGGAAAAUGCAUGAAGAAUCGAAUCCAUUGGAACCUGAUGAGUUUGCAGGCAUAUGGAAGGAGUGAGACUUGAAAUGUGUUUCAGCUGUGGAACCUGAUGAGUUUGCAGAUAUAUGCAAGGAGUGAGACUUCAAAUGUGUUUAAGCUGUCUUCUUUGUUGUUCCUGGAUUUACAUGUGAAAGUAAUUAUCUAGGAAGAAAACAGUGGUUUUUAGCUGCUUUCCUACAGUGAGAUAUUGAAUUCUUUUUUGAGGACUUCUUCUGGAGGAAUCAAUUUUGAAUUUUAGCC